CAGUGCUAUUCCAUCACUGUUCAGUAUUGCGUUGACAAGCGAUUGAAUAUAAAAACGAGCCUAACGUUUCAAUUUGCUUCACAUAAAACUGCAGUAAUGAUUAACAAAACUGUUCUUCUAUUUUUGCUGUAUUUAAAUGCAAAUAGUGCCCGGGAUGUUGACUACUGCGAAUUAUCCUGCAACGGAAUACCGAAUACGGUUUGCAAACGAAAAGAUUAUAAUUGUGGUCCAGGCCCAAAAUGCGGGAGUAAAUUUAAAAUAAUAAAAUUGACGGAUGCACAAAAACAAUUAAUUGUCGACCAACAUAAUACGUUCAGAAACAUGGUGGCAAUUGGAGAAGAAAGGAGAGGAGAUCCUGGACCACAACCCUCUUCUGCCCAAAUGUAUGCAUUAUCAUACAAUGGAGAGUUAGAAUACGUCGUACAAUGUUGGCUAAACAGUUGUGAAUUUGCACAUGACGAAUGUAGAAGAACAAAAAAUUUCACGUACGUAGGUCAAAAUUUAGCCCUGUAUCAAACAACUAGCAGAACAGACAGAGUGAACAUUACAGGUCAAAUAAAAAAAAUGAUAACCAAUUGGUAUGAUGAAGUCGUGGAUUAUCCCAGCAAUUGGACACAUUUCGCGUUACCGGAGUCAGGAAAAAUGAUCGGUCAUUAUACCCAAUUGGUUUGGGGACGAACGAAGAAAAUCGGCUGUGCGAUGGUUCGUUACAAGAAAGGCAAAUGGAAUGUAUUUUACUUUGGUUGCAAUUACGGCCCCGGUGGUAACAUUCUUCAUAGGAUCGUUUACGAAAAUGGACCACCAGCAUAUAACUGCCGUGAGGAAGAUCCAUAUUACGAAGGUCUUUGCUCGUAGUAAAACUUAAUAUCACCGAAAACACACAAAACAGUCCUUUUUCAACUUUCAACAAUUACUGCAGUACAAUGCGAUUAGUUAAUAAGAUAUAUAAUAUAUAUAAUAAAAAAUUAACAAUAA